AUGUAUCACUACGAUAUACCCCUUCGACGCUCAUUCGCAAACUAUGCGAGACCGGUGCGAUACAUGGCUCGCAACCUAAUCAAAUUUACAGAUAACCUUUACACAUGCUCUUACCUUUUACCUGAGGUACACAUUCCACAGCCCCUAUGGGACCGCUCGGUACAAAGUAAGUUCCACUCCGCCAAUGAAUUGGCUGUCAAGUACCUGGAGAUUAAAAGCUACUGCAACACCUAUGUCUGUGAGAAGCUCUGUGAGAAGAAGACUCAGGAGCUUGUUCGAAAAGCACGCCUGUCUCAAUCCAGUGCUUGGUCUACUGUAACGUCUGCUAUAGAAGAUCUCAAUGAAACCAUCGAGAUUGCUAGAGGUCAGAUUGACCGCUCUGAAGUAGAGUUAUGGAGGGCCAUUAGAGGAGUAGAGAAGCAUCUUAAAUUUGUUCUUACCCUUGGUGAGACUGUCAGUACUGAAUCCAUCAAGGAAGUAGAGUCUCACUUGAGUGGGCGGUUAUCCACUUGGGAAGCGGCAAGAGCACCUCGUCUUAAAAAGCGAGUGCCUUCUGCCACCAAAAUUUCUACUAAUCCUCGUGAUACACAAGGAACUCGUCCUAGCAGCUCACACCAGCAAAAGGUAAGUAUUCCAACUACAACCAAACACUCCUAUGAGAAAAAAACACCUACUCGAUCAUUACGAACUACCAUUUUCUUUGAUGGUGUUUACAGAUGCGUGCGCACUAGUUUGGCUCCUGGUGUGAGCCAUACCUCUUCUCCCACGAUUCACGCUGUGGCUGGUGGUACAAUUGAGGGACAUUCGCAAGAUCUAUUUAAUACCAUUCGUAGACGACAGGGAAUUAGAACCAGCGACUACCUGAGCGCAUUUGACUUGAAUUCUGCUGCUAUUGUUAUCAAGUCUCCUGGUAGAUCUGGUUCCGAUUUGCUCUACACUGAAGACGGUAAGUACAUCAUUAAGACAAUUCCCAGUUCCGAACACAAAGUGCUGAUUGACUUGUUACCCUCAUAUGUUAAGCACCUUGAGCGACAUAAGAAUAGUCUUUUGCCAGUAUUCCUUGGUCACUAUACCCACGAAAAUAAUGGCAAGCGAACUCAUUUCGUUGUGAUGAAGAAUUUGUUCUCAGGACACAGCCAGGUUGACAGAGUCUAUGAUCUUAAGGGGUCUACGUACAAUCGAGCCGUUGACGAAAAUACAGACAAUGUUGGUCGGUUGGUGUACAAAGACAUUGAGUGGAUGAAACACAAGGAGGCUAUUCACAUGAAUGAUGAAGAAAGAACAAAGGUCGUGAUCCAGAUGAUGAACGAUGUUGCAUUCCUGAAGAGAAAUAACAUCUUCGACUACUCCAUGCUGGUUGGUAAGUACGAUGAGAGUAGAAAGAGUGUAAUGGGAAUCAUUGACAUUUUGACACCCUAUAACAAACCACAAGCUCUGAAGAGAACAGCAUUGGGAUUGCUCCAUGAUCCCACCACUCUUAGUUGUAUGAGACCUGGCGACUAUGCAGCAAGGUUCUUCAAUUUCAUGGAAUCCACAGUGGUGCCCACGGUUAGCACUGGCAGAGCCAACAAACACCACAGAUAUUAA